AUGGUGUCCAAACCUGAGACGGAGGGCUCCAGGCCCUCCGUCCUGCACCGCCAGGCCCCUGACGAGGUGACACAGCCCAUCACGAAUCAGGAGUACCAGGAGCUGCGCGAGAUGUCAGACAUGCGCGAGCCGUACCGGAUCCCCGGGGAGUACCUGCUGGGGUGCAAGAAGUACGUCGGCAACGACCUGGCGGACACCCCCCUCAUCGCCUUCAUCAACGGCCGGUCAGGGGGGCAGAUGGGCACCCAGCUGCUCACCGUGCUCUCCCGCAGCCUCGGCCAGUCCCAAGUGUUUGAUCUGUCGGAGGACAGGCCCGAGCCCGUGCUGCGCACUCUGUGGUCCAACCUGAUGGAGAGGGAGGCCAAGGGCGACAAGCUGGCCGCGCACAUCCGCAGGAAUCUGCGCGUCUUGUGUGCGGGGGGCGAUGGCACGGUCACCUGGAUCCUGAAGACCAUCUUCGACCUGGGCCUGGAGCCCGCGCCGGCCGUGGCGGUGCUGCCGCUGGGCACGGGCAACGACCUGGCCCUCAGCUUCGGCUGGGGCAAUGCUUUCCUCAAAAAGUGGAUCGCCGCGGACCAGCUGUACCACACGCUGCAGCGCUACGCGGAGGCCCAGCCCCGUGCGCUGGACGCCUGGCGCAUCACGCUGGCCGGCCCCACGCCCGACCUCUUCGAACACCUGCCCCACUCGCUCAGCCUCGCAGGGGCGGGCAGUGAGGGGGGCGGUGGUGGUGGGGCCCCAGCGUCCGCCGGUGCCGUGGGCGGCGGGGCAACCGAGGGCCCCGACGUGCAGGGCCCCCCCGGGGCCACCCGUGUCACGGGCAUGUUCUGGAACUACUUCAGCGUGGGCCUGGACGCGGAGGCAGCCUACGGAUUCCACGCUCUGCGCGAGUCCCGGCCCUGGGCCGCGCAGACCCGGGUCAUGAACCAGGCCUGGUACGGCUGGUACAGCUGCACCAGCGGCUGGUUCUGCGCCGCGCCGCCGCUGCGCAACAGCGUGCGCCUGCGCGGGCGGGGCGGGCCCGGGGGCCCGGCCUGGCGCGACAUCCCGCUGCCCGCCUCGGUGCGGGCCAUCGUGGUGCUCAACCUUCAGUCCUACGGCGGCGGGCGGGACAUCUGGGGCCUGUCGGACGGCGGCGGGCUGAGGCAGGGGAAGCGGGUGGUGCCCAUCUUCAGCGACGGGCUCGUGGAGGUGGUGGGGUUCAAGAACGGUUGGCACACGGCCAUGGUGAUGGGCCAGGUCAGCAACAAGCUGCACGGCAAGCGCCUGGGCCAGGUGGAGGAGCUGGAGCUAGAGUUCCAGGCCCACGGCAGGGUGAAGGACGAGGCAGGGAAGACGCACAUGCAGCUGGACGGCGAGCCCUGGCCGCAAGGUGUUCCCCCCGCCUCCUCGGCUCCGCUCAAGGUGCUGAUCUCGCGGGCCGGCCAGUCUUCCAUGCUGCUGAACAGCUUCGACAUGCAGGGGCCCGUCAAAAGCGGGGCCUCGGCAGCGGGUGCCCCCUUUUGUAAUGCCACAGCUACUUUGAACGGCAGUGCUGUGCCAUCCCUGGCAGCCGCGCAACCGGCCGUCAACGCUUGGUGCAGAGGCUACUCCGCGGACGCUGCCCUGUCCCCAGCCAACACAUCCGGGCUGCCACCGACCGUGCACGCCCUGAAGAACCCAACCCACGCCAUCACGUACGAUGAGUCCAACCACAUCCGCUUCCCCCCGGGCGACCCCAGCAAGCGUGCCUUCACAUACUUUGUGCUGACCGGAGGACGCUUUAUCGGCGCCUCCGCCGUCCGCCUGGCGGUCCUCAAGUUCAUCCUCAGCAUGACGGCCACCAAGGAUGUGCUGGCGAUGGCCAACCUGGAGGUGGACCUGUCCAAGAUCCAGCCGGGCCAGACCAUCACGGUGAAGUGGCGCGGCAAGCCCGUCUUCAUCCGGCGCCGGACCGAGGACGACAUCGCCAAGGCCAAUGCGGUGGAGCUGUCCAACCUGCGGGACCCCGAGCCCGACUCGGUGCGCGUGAAGAACCCGGAGUGGCUCAUCGUCAUCGGCGUGUGCACCCACCUGGGCUGCGUCCCGCUGCCCAACGCCGGCGACUACCAGGGCUGGUUCUGCCCCUGCCACGGCUCCCACUACGACACCUCGGGCCGCAUCCGGAAGGGGCCCGCCCCGUACAACCUGGAGGUCCCCACCUACUCCUUCAUGGACGAUGACAAGGUCGUGGUCGGGUAG